CUAUACAGAUUUGAAGCUGCUGGCCACGGUGAAGUUAAAGCCGGACGAGGAGCCGAUGGCGUUGCGGCAUGAAGGUGAGGCCGAGGGCGAGUGGCCGGACCACCUGCGCGAGCUGAGGGGCGCGGUGACCAUCAGAGGACCUCGACAACGAUGGAAGGGACACAGAUGGCGAUGUCGUGGAUGUGGACACGAUUGCCACACCCCACCGAGGACAAAGAAACUAAAGCAACAAUAGCACAACGACUUCGACAACCAGAGCUCGGUGAACGCAACCAUGGACGCGUGCUACCGCAUGGGAUCGGGCUGGGCGAGUUCGACGGCCACGGGAGAGCGCAGAGGCGAGCCAGAGAGAUCAGCGUGCAAGAAGUCGACGCGCGCAGCAGACGAGCAGCAGGCGCGGAUAGGCGGAGAUGGGCGUCGAAUUGGACAGAGCCGAGCAGGUGAAGCGGCGCGCGGCAUGGGCGAGCAGGACGGUCGGCCGAGCUAGGACCGGCACCGAGGCUGGGCAAAAUCCGAGCUGGAGCUCGCGGCAUAGGAGCAGUGGCAUGACGAGAUCCAGACUCAGGUGGCACCGACGAGCUCCAAAACGGGGAGAGGCAAGCACCAGGGAGCAGCUCAGCAGCCAUGGGAGACAGGGACCAGCUCGGCUGGUGUGGCGUAGGAAGCAGGCGCGCGCUCGAGCAGAGAGCCAGAGAGCCCAGCGCAGCGCAGGAGCUUGAGGGGUGUGGCCAUGGCAAGGGAGCUCCGGCGCAGGGAGCAGGGCGCGAGCUGGCCAGGGACUCGGGAGAGGGGCGCACAGGCACCUGGGCACGCGGCACGGAGGGAGAUGGGCACGUGCACAGAGCACGGCGCGCGACGCAGGGAGGAGCGCGCGACAGCGGGGAGAAACUCCGGGAGAGAGAGAAGCUGCUGGGCAGAGGGAGCUAUGGAAGGGCCGUGGCGCGGAAGAAUCUGGAGCAACGCGCGGCAGAGAUCGAGCUCCACUGAGUGCGAGCUCGGAGGGAGGUCCUGGCGCGGAGGAAGAGAAGCCGACGAGCAGGAAGCCAAGCGCCAGAGGAGAUGGCUAGGGAAGAAGGCCCAGAGCGGCGGCAGAUUUUUCAACCACACACAGCGGCCGGAUGGAUAGGAUUGGCUGGAUAAAAAUCAAAGGGAAGAAAAGGAUAACGACGGCUGCAGAUUUUUUUUUAUUUCUUCUCUUUUUUUACCAAAAAAUCGCAGAUAUUUUGGUUCCAGAUUUUUAGUGAUAAAGUGGGUUAGAUCAUAAUAAUAUGGGUCAACGGUACUUGCAAAAUGGUUUGAGUUAGUGAAUACUUUGAAAUCAGAUGAAUCUGUAUUAUUAAUUUACUUUUUGAAGAUUUAGA